AUGACAGAGGUCAGGGAAGGGCCCAUGGCGUUGCCUUCCGGCUCCGUCAUCUCUGGGACAGGGGCUCAGGUCGGCCCACGUCCAGACCUGCAGGGCGGUGCUGGGAGCGCCCGGCUGGGGUCUGGUGUCCCUCCCGCGGCCCCUCACCCUUGUGUGUCUGCGGCCCCGCAGUUCCUGCGCGUCACCAAGCAGUACCUGCCGCACGUGGCGCGCCUCUGCCUGAUCAGCACCUUCCUGGAGGACGGCAUCCGCAUGUGGUUCCAGUGGAGCGAGCAGCGUGACUACAUCGACAGCACCUGGAGCUGUGGCUACCUGCUGGCCUCCUCCUUCGUGCUCCUCAACCUGCUCGGGCAGCUGACGGGCUGCAUCCUGGUGCUGAGCAGGAACUUCGUGCAGUACGCCUGCUUCGGGCUCUUCGGAAUCAUAGCGCUGCAGACCGUCGCCUACAGCAUCCUCUGGGACCUGAAGUUUUUGAUGAGGAACCUGGCCCUGGGAGGGGGCUUGCUGCUGCUGCUGGCGGAGUCCCGUUCUGAAGGGAAGAGCAUGUUUGCGGGCGUCCCCACCAUGCGCGAGAGCUCCCCCCGCCAGUACAUGCAGCUCGGAGGCAGGGUCCUGCUCGUCCUGAUGUUCAUGACCCUCCUCCACUUUGACGCCAGCUUCUUCUCGAUUCUCCAGAACAUCGUGGGCACAGCUCUGAUGAUCUUAGUGGCCAUCGGUUUUAAAACCAAGCUGGCCGCCUUGACGCUCGUGGUCUGGCUGUUCGCCAUCAACGUGUACUUCAACGCCUUCUGGACCAUUCCCGUCUACAAGCCCAUGCAUGACUUCCUGAAGUACGACUUCUUCCAGACCAUGUCGGUGAUCGGAGGCCUGCUGCUGGUGGUGGCCCUGGGUCCUGGGGGCGUGUCCAUGGACGAGAAGAAGAAGGAGUGGUGACAGCCCCCGCCUGCGAGGACCGUGGCUGCCGAGGAUGGUUCGGGUGGAUUCGACCUAACCGCCAGCAUUUAUGUAUCCUCUCCCCUUCCCUCCCUUGGUAAAGGCACAGAUGUUUUGAGAACUUUAUUCACAGACACCUGAUAACUGAUGGCCAGCCCGGCUCUGGCCCCACAGCCGGUCCCUGACCACUCGGAGCCCCAGCCUGCGGGCAGCGCCCCUUCCCCCGGCGGGGCCGUGGCUUCUCGGGGCGAGCAGCUUGGUUGGCUGUGGCCCCUCAGUCCUGUUUUUGUUUCUUUUUGGGGGCGGGGGACCUUCAAGCUGUACUGUGAGCAGAUACAUCUGUGUAUCAUUCAAAGCAGUCUCCCUCUUUAUUUUUUCUUUCAAAGUUUACGUUUUUAGCUAAAACUACUAAAUGAUUUGGGACAGCCCAGCCCAACAUCAGCACCGGGUUAAAACUGCACCCGCGGCCUCCGCGUUGUAGCCGCCCUGCGCUGCGGUACGUGAUAGGGACAGCGAAAACCGUUCAGGAAAGCCCCAAACCCAAAGGAUAAGGCAGUAUUAAGGGGCGGCUGCGGCCGCCGUUGCUGGUGAAAGGCGCUAGUCAGAACAUCGGCUCGGACUGCAGCAGCUCCGGGGUGAUACCCGGGGGCGGCUCACGGUGGGGACGGUGGUCCUCGGGGAAGCCACCUGGAGCCCGCAGGGCCCCACUGCCCAGCUAGGGGGCCCAGGGCCGGCCAGAGCGGGCUCUCAGACCAGUUACCUCACGCUGACCUGUCCCAGAGUCGCGGCUGCAGCUGGGGCCCGCGCCGCCCGGCCGCCCGGGGCCAAGGGGCUGAGGGGCCCCUCCGGCCACGCAGCCACCACCUCCUGCUCUCACGAGGCCGCUGCUUGCUCGGAUUGCCUACUCGCUCUGCUGAACGCAGCCCAAAUUACUUUUUACGAUUUGUGAUGCCUUACCGAUUGGAUCUUGAUCCUGUAUUUAAAGUUUCUAACAUUGCCUUA